CACCAAUGUCAUGUCAUAUUACUGUGAUAGCAGCGUUCGCGACUCUAUCCUACGACUGCGAGUGAGCACCAAGGAAUGGGCGACGAAGCACUGAACGUAGACUAUAGGCCUGGCCCCCUGGUUCCUCAGCGUCGCCUGGGCAACAUGGCCUUCUGCGGAAGUGACCGGAACACCUCCUACAGCGUGGCGACCGGUGUCCUGGAGAACGGCUGCUUCGUGGACGCCCUCAAUCUGGUCCCCCACGUCUUCCUCCUCUUCAUCACCUUUCCCAUCCUCUUCAUCGGCUGGGGCAGUCAGAGCUCCAAGGUGCAGAUCCACCACAACACCUGGCUGCACUUCCCCGGACACAACCUCCGCUGGAUGCUCACCUUCGCCCUGCUCCUCGUGCACGUGUGUGAGAUUGCCGAGGGCAUCGUCUCCGACCUGUACAUGACAACCCCGCACCUUCACCUCUCCCUGCCAGCCAUCAUGGGGUUCAUCGCGGCGACUACGUCUCUGGUGUACUACCACAACAUCGAAACCUCCAACUUCCCCAAAUUAUUACUUGCGUUGUUCAUUUACUGGGUCUUGGCCUUCAUCACGAAGACCAUUAAACUGGGGAAGUACUGGCAGCACCACGUGGGGAUCCAGCACAUGCGCUUCUGCAUCACGGCCCUGCUGGUGCUCCUGUACGGCCUGCUGAUGGCCGUGGAGAUCAACGUCAUCCGAGUGAGGAGGUACGUCUUCUUCGCCAACCCCCAGAAGGUGAAGCCCCCGGAGGACCUGCAGGACCUGGGCGUGCGCUUCCUCCAGCCCUUCGUCAACCUGCUGUCCAAGGCCACGUACUGGUGGAUGAACCCCCUGAUCAUCGGCGCCCACAAGAGGCCCAUCGAGCUGAGGAAGAUCGGGAAACUGCCCAUCGCCAUGCGGGCGCUCACCAACUACCUUCGCCUGAAGGACGCCUACGAGGAGCAGAGGACCGCAGACAAGCCGGUGAAGGCCCCCUCCAUCUGGAAGUCCAUGUACCGCGCUUUCGGGCGGCCCAUCCUCCUGAGCAGUGCCUUCCGCUACGUGGCCGACCUGCUGGGUUUCGCCGGGCCGCUGUGCAUCUCCGGCAUCGUCAAGCACCUGGAGAACGGGACCACCAAGGUGACCGCCAACGUGACCACGAACGUCACAGAGAAUAUGGUCGCGAACGUCACCGCGAUGGCCGCGAACAUCACCGUGAUGACCGCCAACAUCACAGACAACAUCACCGCGAUGACUGCGAAGAUGACCACCAACAACACCGAGGGCAUGCAUUUUGGGGUCUACUUCCUGUCCUCAAAUGAGCUGCUCCAGAACACCUAUGUCCUAGCGGUCCUGCUGUUCCUGGCUUUGAUCCUCCAGCGAACGUUUCUCCAGGCUUCCUACUACGUCACCAUCGAGACGGGAAUCAACCUCAGAGGGGCGCUGUUGGCCAUGAUCUACAACAAGAUCCUCCGUCUGUCCACAUCCAACAUGUCCAUGGGCGAGAUGACCCUGGGACAGAUCAACAACCUGGUGGCCAUAGAGACCAACCAGCUGAUGUGGUUCCUCUUCCUCUGCCCCAACCUGUGGGCCAUGCCAGUGCAGAUCAUCAUGGGGGUAAUCCUGCUGUACUACCUGCUGGGGGAGAGUGCUCUGGUCGGGGCAGCGGUCAUCGUGCUGCUAGCCCCCGUGCAGUACUUCAUCGCCACCAAGCUGGCCAGCGCGCAGAAGAGCACGCUGGACUACUCAACGGAUCGGCUGAAGACGACCACGGAGAUCCUGAGGGGCAUCAAGCUGCUGAAGCUGUACGCCUGGGAGAACAUCUUCUGCAACAGCGUGGAGGAGACCAGGAGCAAGGAGCUUACCAGCCUCAAGACCUUCGCUCUCUACACCUCCAUGUCCAUUUUCAUGAACGCGGCCAUCCCCAUAGCGGCAGUGCUGGCGACGUUCGUGACCCACGCGUACCUCAGCCAGACCAAACUCACGCCUUCCCAGGCCUUCGCCUCUCUGGCCCUCUUCCACAUCCUGGUCACCCCCCUCUUCCUCCUCUCCACAGUGGUCCGCUUUGCGGUCAAGGCACUGGUCAGUGUGCAGAAGCUGGGCGAGUUCCUCCAGAGUGACGAGAUUGGCGAUGACAGCUGGAGGAAUGGAGAUAUGGCCGUGUCACUGGAGUCGUGCAGGAAGCAUUCUGGGGGCACCAAAGCCAUAAACAGGAAGCAGCCCCUGAGCUACCAGCUGGACAGCUACGAGCAGUCGGCGCGCAGGAACCUGCGGCCCACCGACAGCGAGGACGCCGCGGUCAAGGUGAGCAACGGAUCCUUCAGUUGGGGGAGCAACUUGUCGACGCUGUCAGAAAUCAGCAUCCGAAUCCCCGCAGGCCAGCUGACCAUGAUCGUGGGCCAGGUAGGCUGUGGGAAGUCUUCCCUCCUGCUGGCUAUGCUGGGGGAGAUGCAGACCACGGAGGGUAGCGUGCACUGGAGCAAACUGCCAGAGUGUGAGGUGACCCACGAGGGGAACACAAGUAAGAACAGGUACUCGGUUGCCUACGCUACCCAGAAGUCCUGGCUGCUGAACGCCACGGUGGAGGACAACAUCACCUUUGGGAUCCCGUUCAACAAGCAGAGGUACAAGGCCGUUAUCGACGCCUGCUCCCUGCAGCCUGACAUCGACCUCCUGCCGUUCGGGGACCAGACUGAAAUCGGAGAGAGGGGAAUUAACCUUAGCGGGGGCCAGAGGCAGAGGAUCUGCGUGGCCCGGGCUCUCUACCAGAACACCAACAUCGUCUUCCUGGACGACCCCUUCUCCGCCCUGGACAUCCACCUGAGCGACCACCUCAUGCAGGAGGGCAUUCUGAAGUUCCUCCAGGACGACAAGAGGACAGUGGUGCUGGUGACCCACAAGCUGCAGUACCUGAUCCAUGCGGACUGGAUCAUCGCCAUGAAGGACGGAUCAGUGCUGAGGGAGGGGACCCUGAAGGACAUCCAGAACAAUGACGUGGAGCUGUACGAGCACUGGAAGACCCUGAUGAACCGGCAGGACCAGGAGCUGGAGAAGGUCCGUACCCCCACCCUCCAGCUCCAUAAGCCGGGGGUGUCCAAUCCUAUCCAGAAAGGGCCGGAUGAGCAGGAUAACCAGACCGUGCUGGAAAGAAAGACUUUGAGGCGAGCCUUCUAUUCCAGAGAGGCUAAAAACCAGAUCGAUGAUGAAGAUGAAGAGGAGGAAGAGGAGGAGGACGAAGACGACUCCCUGUCCACCACCACCAGCAGGCGGUCGAAGAUCCCGUGGAAGGUGUGCUGGUGCUACCUCUCCUCUGGAGGCUUUCUGAUGGUCGCCAUGAUGAUCACGUUCAAGCUGCUCAAGCACUCCGUCAUGGUCGCCAUCGACUACUGGCUGGCGGAGUGGACCUCCAAAGAGGAGGAUCAGAAGCUGUCCUUCGUGCCCGUGUUCAGCAUCCUGUGCGGAGCGGGGAUCGCGCUCUGCCUCAUCACCUCUCUGACCGUGGAGCUCAUGGGCCUGUCCGCUGCCACCAGCCUCCACCACAACCUGCUCAACAAGAUCAUCCACGCCCCCAUCAGAUUCUUUGAUGUCACCCCCCUUGGGCAAAUUCUGAAUCGCUUCUCCGCUGACACCAACAUCAUCGAUCAGCACAUCCCCCCGACCCUGGAGUCCCUGACGCGCUCCACGCUGCUCUGCCUGUCCGCCAUCGGCGUCAUCGCCUACGUCAAGCCCACCUUCCUCAUCGCCCUGGUGCCCCUCAUCGUGGCCUUCUACUUCAUCCAGAAGUACUUCCGGGUCGCUUCAAAAGACCUGCAAGACCUGGAUGACUCCACCCAGCUGCCGCUCCUGUGCCACUUCUCAGAGACGGCCGAGGGCCUCACCACGAUCCGGGCCUUCAGGCACGAGGCUCGCUUUAAGCAGAGGAUGCUGGAGCUGACGGACACCAACAACACAGCCUACCUGUUCCUCUCUGCUGCCAACCGCUGGCUGGAGGUCAGAACGGACUACUUGGGCGCUGUGAUCGUGUUGACGGCGGCCAUUUCCUUCUUCUGGUACGGGGACCCUGACUACAAACCCCGCGCCGCCCACGUGGGCCUGGGCCUGACGUACGCCCUCACGGUGACAAACUACCUGAACUGGGUGGUGAGGAACCUGGCGGACCUGGAGGUCCAGAUGGCCGCCGUGAAGAAGGUCAACAGCUUCCUGAGCACAGAGUCAGAGAACUACGAGGGCUCCAUGGAUGCGUCCCAGGUACCUGAGGACUGGCCCCAGCAAGGGGAGAUAAAGAUCCAGGACCUGAGCGUGAGGUACGACCCCAUGUUGAAGCCUGUACUGAAGCACGUCAAUGCCUACAUCAACCCCGGACAGAAGGUGGGCAUCUGCGGACGCACAGGCAGCGGGAAGUCCUCCCUCUCUCUGGCCUUCUUCAACAUGGUGGACAUGUUUGAAGGAGAGAUCAUCAUCGACGGCAUCGACAUCUGCAAGCUGCCCCUGCAGACACUGCGCUCCCGCCUCUCCAUCAUCCUGCAGGACCCCAUCCUGUUCAGCGGAACCAUCCGGUUCAACCUGGACCCGGAGCGCACGUGUACGGACGAGGGCCUGUGGGAGGCGCUAGAGAUCGCCCAGCUGAAGAACAUGGUCAAGGGUCUGCACGGAGGACUGGACGCGGCGGUGACGGAGGGCGGGGAGAACUUCAGCGUGGGCCAGCGGCAGCUCUUCUGCCUCGCCCGAGCCUUCGUCCGCAAGAGCAGCAUCCUCAUCAUGGACGAGGCCACGGCCUCCAUCGACAUGGCGACGGAGAACAUUCUGCAGAAGGUCGUCAUGACGGCGUUUGCGGAUCGCACCGUCGUCACCAUCGCCCAUCGAGUCCACACCAUCCUGACUGCUGACCUGGUGAUUGUGAUGAAGCGUGGGAACAUCCUGGAGUACGACAGGCCAGAGACCCUGCUGGAGCAGGAGGACGGCAUGUUCGCCUCCUUCGUCAGGGCCGACAUGUAGACGCGCCCGGAGCGGCUCUGUCUGCGCCCACCACAAAGGAAAGCAACACCACCCGGGAACGCAAUUUUUAAAAACAACUCCUAAGAGACACUGACUGAGCCACCAAUCCAGUGAAGGAACACAGAUGUUUUAUAUUAAAAGUAUUACUUUAAAAUAAGUCUUUCUUUUUUUUUUGUUUAUCAUGUCUAUUUUACCAUUACUGUUAUGUGCCAGCUACAUUGCCUAUAAUAAAUCCAAUGUAAUAAGCAAGUAUCGACGGAGACUGAGACAGUUGCUGAAUUUGUUGGAACUGUACGUACACAGACCUGGAAAGUGUCUGUUUAUCUGUCUGGCUAAUGUGUACAGCUCAGUGUAAUCACAACGGACAGAGUGUGUGCACGUAAUGUGGUCCCUGGAGAUCAUGGCAAGUGCCACUGUCUGCUUAAUGGCCGUCGGGAAGCUAAAUACGCCAGGCGAUGCCAUUUUCCCUCCUUUAGCCAAGAGUCGGACUAAUGGGAAGGCCCUGCCCUUCAGACCGCAGUUAAGACUCUCGUGACUAUCUGCACAUAUCUGAUUUUAAUCAGUUACGAAACAUUUAUUUCCCAGGAGCGCAGAUGGGAUGACUUUGCACCAGAGUGCUUUCCCUUCCGUACUUCAGACGUCACCCUCUUCCUGUUGCACGUGCGCGCCGUUUUCCUUGCGCGACGUGUCUGAACCGACAGGGCCGCAGCGUGUGAACUGUCAAGACGAAAACAGACAAAAAUCAGAAAUAAAUAAAGUUCAAAACGUCGGCCAGAUGGCCUACGUGACGGUCGAAACAUCGUCUCCGAGCUGCAGGGGUUUUCAUAAACUUUCGACUCGACACAACCUCUGAGGGAAUCGCAGGGUAACCCGCCGUGCACUUACAGCGCCCAAAUAUAGCGCACCGUAGCCCGACACAUCAACACGCUGUGUACCAGUCCUGCGCUAAACUGUGCAGUCUUUGUGCCAAGAAGCAUAGCACUUUAAAGCAUUUACCUUUCAUAGUCAAAGAUAAGACAAAAAUUUAAGAGAGAAAAAUAAGUCUAACAGAGGGCGACUGAACGGUUACCCUCCCAUGGUCCCACUUUUAGGAAAGGCUGUUAUUUCUCCAAAUGUCUUGACAGCUCUAUGGAUCUCUAGCUGAGCGCUGGGCAGCGGCGUAGCCUACAAGGGCGGGUUCAGAGGGAAGGGCAGCUGUCACGUUUCUGCAUCCCCCCCCCCCAAAAAAAUGAAAAACAAAACUUCAUGAGCAGGUUUUCUUUUUCUCCGAUCCGUCGCGGAUGAAGAAAGCCAGCUUGACUCGUGUGGAAGCCUGACCUCUUCUCUGUGUACGCCUCAUGAGUCAGACGGACCUCUUUCAUAUAUCGCGUUUGGAUUUUUGCCUUUAUAAGGUCGCGAAUCCACAGGUUGGGCGCUAUCCACCUCUGGAGCGAGCCGUCUGUUUAUGGACGAGGGGCAUCGCCACCGAGCCGCAGAAUGUCCUGGUCUGCCCUCCCUCUGGAGAAACGUCCAAUUGUCAAAGGCCAGGGAGAGCACUCCAAGAUCAGUCUCGCGUCAAACACAAAAGGACCUUGGGACUAAUUUUGCUUGCUUUGCCAAGACAAUGUGGACAACCUGUGGGACUGGCUACUGCUGGUAGAGAAUAUCCUAAUAAUAGAAACGAUGUCCUCUUAAUACCACCGGUGUCGUAGCCUACGACACCACCUACUAAAUUAUAGUGUCCAUUGGAAUUUUGUUAACCGUCCACUGAAAUAUGUUCUUUUUUUUGUCGUUUUCUUUUAAUUCUCACAUCCAUAGAAUUGCUAUGGCAAAACUAUGCAAACUCCGCAGGCAAAUGCAAAAAUGUUAUAUCGUGGCAAUAACUGUGGAAUAAAACCGCAACUGAAAACAGAAUUGUUGAAAUGACUCCCGCCCGUCGUUGACUCAGUUGAUAACUGGUUAACUGGCUUUAAUUGGGAUGAGGAUGGCAGUUCGCUUUGCGUUGACUCUGGAGACGGUUACACCUUCACCACGCGUGUGUGUGUGUACUCUUUCAAAUGUACUCAAUGCAGCAGAACACCCACAAACUCAGCAUUGUUCCAGCGCAAGAGCACAGAACAUGAACAACCAAACUGCCACUUUAGUUGGGUUAUUUUGUUUUCCAAAAAUUUGAACUGUAUGUGUCUUACCUGUAAAUAUGUAAUUACUCUGUGACCUUUUUGAACAAAUCAUUUAUCUGAACAAUAUAGGCUUGUGUGCCUUCUUUUUACACUUCAUAAUAAAAUUGCUGUGGAUGAAUAUUCCUGGUUUAAAUGUAUGCGGUAAUUCUUCCUGAAAUAAAAUGUUUUAAGUUGCCCUUUA